AAAGGUCAUCAAUUGAGUCAUUUAUAAGAGAGAGAAAUAUAACGGCAUUUGUACCUGAUGAGUAUCAUUUCAUCAUCCUGUGAAGAAUGCUAAAAAUAGUGUUGUGUUUAACUUCCUUAAUGAGCAUUCUCACAGCUCAUGUACUCAUGAAUAAUGAAAAAGAAUUCGAACCUCUGUCAGAUGAAGUGAUUUCAUAUAUCAACCAGCAUCCUGAUGCCGGAUGGAAAGCUGGCCGAAAUUAUCGAUUCAAAUCCGUUGAUGAUGCACGAAUGCUACUUGGUGUCAAGAAUGAGGACGAGGAAUUAAGAAAAAGGAGACGACCAACAGUUGAUCACAAAAAUGUGAGCUUGGAAAUACCAACAAGUUUUGACUCGCGAACGAACUGGAGUCAGUGUGAAAGUAUAUCGACUAUUAGUGACCAAUCACGAUGUGGUUCAUGCUGGGCAUUUGCAGCAGUUGAAGCAAUGAGUGAUCGUAUCUGCAUUCAGUCAGAGGGGAAUAAAUCUGUCGAGUUAAGUGCAGCCGAUCUACUCAGCUGUUGUACAUCAUGUGGUCAAGGGUGUCAAGGUGGAUCUCCAGGAUUAGCUUGGGACUUUUGGGUGAAACAAGGCAUUGUUACUGGUAGUUCGAAAGAGAAUCAGACUGGCUGUCUGCCAUAUCCAUUUCCCAAAUGUGAACAUUCCAGUACAGGCAAGUAUCCAGCUUGUGGUGACAAGCCUUAUAGGACGCCGAAAUGUCAACGGAAGUGUCAAAAUAAUUACGAAAAAUCCUACAUGGAAGACAAGUACUAUGGUCAGACGUCUUACAACUUGCUUGUCAGCGAAGAGACAAUCCAGAAAGAAAUUAUGAUGCAUGGCCCAGUUGCGGCAGUUUUCAGAGUGUAUACAGAUUUCCUUAACUAUAAAUCUGGAAUCUACAAAUUCAUGAAAGGAAAAGAAAUGGCUUGGCAUGCUGUUCGAAUCAUAGGAUGGGGUGUAGAGAGGGAAACUCCCUAUUGGUUGAUCGCUAAUUCGUGGAAUGAAGAUUGGGGAGAGAACGGAUACUUUAGAAUGUUACGUGGAAAAGAUGAAUGCAGAAUUGAGUCAUUGGUGACAGCUGGAACUGCUGACAUUUGAUUUAUUUCACAGUUCUCGGAAUAAAUCUUUGUAACUUUUGAUUCUAAAUAAAUUGUAUUUAUACACAGAACACUCAUGUUAGAUCUUUGGUAAGCAGUAAAAUUGCCUUCAAAAGAUUUACUUAACAUCUUCUGUAGAUAACG